AUGAGAGAAAGAGGUAUUGAAAGUAGGCGCCUGAAAGUGCUAGCUUUUUGCUUACUGUUGGGCGUUUCGUGCCUAGUUCCGAAGGUCGAAGCUGUGAAGACAAAAAGUCGCAGCAAAAGCUCCUCUUCGUCAUCCUCGUCUGGUCGUGUUUCGAAACCAAGCUCGACCAGCUACAGCAAUCCGGGGAGUUUGAGCUACAACAACUACCAGGCGAAACCAGCCCCUGCGAAACCUGCUCCGAAGCCGUCUGCUCCAGUCGAUACCUCGAACCAGCGCAAUAUUGGAUGGAAUGUGAACAAUCAGGCAAAACCAGCUGGUUCCGUUGCGCAGCCUGCCGUCAAUAAACCUCCGUAUCCGGUGCAGUCUAAUGCAGCUAAGCCUCCAUACCCGGUACAGGCAACACAUAAUACACAUCAGACCCAUUCGGCCCCGGGAGCUCCUCCGCCACCAUACUCCCAUGGACCACCGCCACCAUAUUCGGCCGUGAACAAUCCUAACAUGAACUCGCGCUUCAAUGAACAACCGCCAAUGUAUAGUCCAGGAAAUCAAGGUUUCCGACCGGGUCAACCAGGUUUUGGUCAACCGGGCUCGUACGGUCAACCCGGAGGAUUUGGUCAACCAAUGGGUGGUUAUCAUCCUCCUGCAACUGGAUUCGGUGCACCCCAUGGCACAUUCCAGGGUGGUGGCUUUGCACCACCGGUAAAUUAUGCUCCAGCACCUUCGUUCCCUGUGGCGGCCAUUCCGGUUGGUGCGUACAAACCGCAGAGCUCUGGAAUUGGUGUUGGUGGAAUUGCAGCUGGUAUUGGAACGGGUUUGUUGGCUGGAGCGGCUGGAUCGGCUCUGUAUAAUGCGCUUCGUCCGGAGGAUCGCGGACGGUACCGUGAAAACGGCGUGACAAUCAUCAACAAUCAUGCACCAGCUGCACCAGCUACACCAGCUGCCGGAACAACUCUAGCGGAAGGAGCAGCACCAGCACCAGUUCAAGCUUCCGGUGUUGCUGCUGUACCGAAUGCACCUCCAGCAUCUGGUACUAACGGUCAAUCAGCUGUCCCAUUAGCUCCGAUGUCCGGAGCAGCCGAUAAUUCGAACCCAAUGUCUCAAGCUCCAGUUCAAACUGCACCCGCUGAAACGACCACCGUCGAUCCAAAUGCUAAGCAGUAUAUUCCACCACCCGGUCAGUACUAUCCUGCCACCGGACAGUAUGUCCCACCGGGUGAAUAUGAUCCAACAACGGGAAUCUUCACACCAGGACGGUACAUACCUGAGACGAACAUCUUCCAAUCGGGUUUGUACGAUCCGCUCUCUCAAAUGUUUACUCCCGGUCGUUAUGAUGCCAACGGUCAGUUCAUCCCGGAUGCGGAACAUCCACCAUUGUCAUUGGCACCGAAUAAUAGUGCAGUUCAACCAGAAACAGUCACACCAGUCGCUGCAUCACAGUACAAAACUACGAGUGGAGCCACCAUGCAGACGAUAUCGCUUUUAACGGCUCUUGGGGCGCUAAUCUUUUCGGGCAGCUUUCGCGUGAUUUACUGUUUUUAA